CUGCCCUGCCCGCCCGCCCCCGCCGCAGCUCCUUUAAUACACUUUGGUUCUCCGCCUGGCUUUGGACUCUUCUCCUCCUCCACCUCCUCCUCCCGCGCCUCCUCCGCCGCCGCCUCCUCUUCCUCUCCGCGCCUUCGCUCGGUGCCCGGCCGCCUGAGGCAGAUACAGGCGGCGGCGGUGGGCACACCAGCCAGGCUCCCGAAACUGCAGUUGCCAGUGUUUCCACCGCCGGUUCACGGAGCCGUGCGUCCGGAGGACGCGCCUCGCCUAUCCGAAGAGGAAAUCCAGGCGGCGGGGCUCACCGGGGCCGGCGGGGCGGCCGGGCGCGCUGGCCAUGCUUCUGGACGCGGGGCCGCAGUUCCCGGCCAUCGGGGUGGGCAGCUUCGCGCGCCACCACCACCACUCGGCCGCGGCAGCGGCGGCUGCGGCGGCCGAGAUGCAGGACCGCGAGCUGAGCCUGGCGGCGGCUCAGAACGGCUUCGUGGACUCGGCCGCGGCGCACAUGGGCGCCUUCAAGCUCAACCCCGGGGCUCACGAACUGUCUCCUGGUCAGAGUUCGGCGUUCACGUCGCAAGGUCCGGGAGCUUACCCGGGUUCGGCUGCGGCGGCCGCUGCGGCCGCGGCUCUAGGGCCCCACGCCGCGCACGUUGGCUCCUAUUCGGGGCCUCCCUUUAAUUCCACCCGGGACUUCCUGUUCCGCAGCCGGGGCUUCGGGGACUCGGCGCCGGGAGGCGGGCAGCACGGGCUCUUCGGACCCGGCGCCGGCAGUCUGCACCACGCGCACUCGGACGCGCAGGGCCACCUUCUCUUCCCUGGCCUCCCGGAGCAGCACGGGCCGCACGCCUCGCAAAACGUGCUCAACGGGCAAAUGCGCCUAGGGCUGCCGGGCGAGGUGUUCGGGCGCUCAGAGCAAUACCGCCAAGUGGCCAGCCCGCGGACCGACCCCUACUCGGCGGCGCAGCUCCACAACCAGUACGGCCCUAUGAAUAUGAACAUGGGGAUGAACAUGGCAGCGGCCGCAGCCCACCACCACCAUCACCACCACCACCCUGGUGCCUUUUUCCGUUACAUGCGGCAGCAGUGCAUCAAGCAAGAGCUCAUCUGCAAGUGGAUCGACCCGGAGCAGCUAAGCAAUCCCAAGAAAAGCUGCAACAAAACUUUCAGCACCAUGCACGAGCUGGUGACCCACGUCUCUGUGGAGCACGUCGGCGGCCCGGAACAGAGCAACCACGUCUGCUUCUGGGAGGAGUGUCCACGCGAGGGCAAACCCUUUAAGGCCAAAUAUAAACUGGUCAACCACAUUCGCGUGCACACCGGCGAGAAACCCUUCCCCUGUCCUUUCCCGGGCUGUGGCAAGGUCUUCGCACGCUCCGAGAACCUCAAGAUCCACAAAAGAACUCACACAGGGGAGAAACCUUUCCAGUGUGAGUUCGAGGGUUGUGACCGGCGCUUCGCCAACAGCAGCGACAGGAAGAAGCACAUGCAUGUCCACACCUCAGAUAAGCCCUAUCUCUGCAAGAUGUGUGACAAGUCCUACACGCAUCCCAGCUCGUUGCGGAAGCACAUGAAGGUCCAUGAGUCCUCCCCUCAGGGCUCCGAGUCCUCCCCGGCUGCCAGCUCUGGCUACGAGUCGUCCACACCCCCGGGGUUGGUGUCCCCCAGCGCAGAGCCACAAAGCAGCUCCAACCUGUCCCCAGCAGCGGCGGCAGCAGCAGCGGCUGCGGCAGCAGCGGCUGCGGCAGCAGCGGCCGCGGUGUCCGCAGUGCACCGAGGCGCGGGUUCUGGCAGCAGCGGCUCCGGAGGGGGCUCGGCGGCCGGCAGCGGCGGGGGCGGCGGCGGGGCGGGCGGCGGGGGCGGCGGCAGCUCUGGCGGGGGCAGCGGGACAGCCGGAGGCCAUAGCGGCCUCUCCUCCAACUUCAAUGAAUGGUACGUGUGAGGGGCCAGGCCUUUCUCUCCCAUUCCCUGUUCCCUUAUCCACUGUCGCCCUCCCAAAAACCCACCGAGGGCACCUUAGGAUCGUCUUAUUAAAAUUAUGAAUCUGAUUUUUAUGGUGAAAAAAAAAAGAUUUUACCAGCAGAAGGAUUUUUUAACUUUUUUUUUUUAAAGAAAACAAUCUAGGCAUGAAAAGCAAAAUCUCUCUGUAUGUCUGAAACUGAAAACAAAAAAUUUUAAGAAAGUAAACCCCACAAAAAUUAUCGAGCCAAACUUCCCUAGCCCACUUUCCUUCCCACACGCUUCCCACUCUUUUUGACAAACUGUACAUAGCGGACGCCUUCCUUUUCCACGGUGAUUUUAAUGGCUUAUUGGUGGAUAGAAGUUUGUCCAUUUGUAAACUCUGGAUUGCAUUCCCUCCCGCCUUUCUCCCAUUUUCCCUUCCCUAAGUGAUGGGCCUUUUCUUUUUCCUUUUAAUUACCUGGUUUCUUUCUUUCUUUUAUUUUUUUAAAGUAAUGUGGAAGAAAAUGGUUUAUUUUGUAUUGUGGUAUUAAAUAUUGUGUUCCUUUUAAAUGAGGCAACUUGAUUGUAAACUUCAUGCAACUAUAGACUGGAAAAUAUGAGCCGUGCCAAAGUCUCCCUUCUGUUUCUUCAACAUACCAACCCAUAGCACACAUCACCAACACCACCAACGCUUGUGAAUGUAUUUUUUUCUGUUAGCUGGGUUUACAUGUGAUGUUUCAGUGCUUUUGCGACGUUCGAUUUGUUAGUUCUUGUAUGAAAGAUUGGGGGUGGGUGGGUGGGAGUAAACGUUGUGCUGUUAGUUUUUUCCGAAAUAACACCCUUCUGUAAAUAUCCGUUGCCAUAUUUAUCCAUUUGUAAUUAAAUUAUGGUAUUAACUUGCUACAGAGGAAACAAUAUUUAUAAAGAAUGUUUCUUAACUAUAAAUAUGUACAAUUGUGGGCAUAAACUGUUUCAGAUUUUUUUAUUUGAAGGUUUAAGUGGUUUGAUCAUUUCUUGUGAUGUUUUGAGAGUAAUGCAUACAGAAAUAUAAUAAAAUGUGUUGAAACUGCA